AGAAGGCAACACAGCAUUGAUGUAUGCCAUAGCUUACGCUAAUGAAAACACCGCUCUUGCAAUGAUUGAAAACAGCAAAUAUCUGAAUUUAAAUACUGUCGACAAUCAAAGCCAAACAGUAUUGAUGAAAGCUGCUAUUAGUGGGAUGACGAGAUUUGCUCUGGCACUAAUCAAAUGUGGUGCUGAUGUCAACAUCAAGGACAAAGAAGGCAAAACAGCAUUGAUGUAUGCCAUAGCUUACCCGAAUGAAAACACCGCACUUGCAAUAAUGGAGAACAGCAAAGAUCUAGAUUUAAAUGCUGUCGAUGAUCAAGGCCAAACCGCAUUGAUAAAAGCUGCUAUCAGGGGAAUGACGACAAUUGCCGAUGCAUUAAUCAGACUUGGUACUGUUGUUAACAUAAGGGAUAAAGAAGGCAAAACAGCAUUGAUGCAUGGUCUAGCUUGCGCAAAUGAAAACACCGCACUUUCAAUAAUGGAGAACUGCAAAGAUCUGAAUUUAAAUACUGUCGACAAUCAAGGACAAACAGCAUUGAUGUAUGCUAUAGCCCGCGCAAAUGAAAACACCGCUCUUUUAAUGAUUGAGAACAGCAAAGAUCUGAAUUUAAAUGCUGUCGACAAUCAAGGACAAACAUCAUUGAUGAAAGCUGUCUUCAGAGGAAUGACAACAUUUGCUCUGGCACUAAUCAAACGUGGUGCUGAUGUCAACAUGAAGGACAAAGAAGGCAGCACAGCAUUGAUGUAUGCUAUGAUGUGUGGAUGGGAAGAUACUGCACUAGCAUUAAUUAAGCACAGCAUAGAUUUAGAUUUAAAUAUCGCAGAUAAUAAAGGUCGAACGGCUUUGAUGAAAGCAGUUAUCAAAGGAAUGACUGAAGUCGCACUUGCACUGAUCAAGGGAGGUGCAUCUAUCAACAAAGUGGAUGACGAUGGCACAACAGCAUUGAUGUUUGCUGUUAGGCUGGGAGAGGAAGACAUUGCACUAAGUGAAGCAAUCAUUGAGAACAGUAAUGAAUUAGAUUUAAAUAUGGCCGAUAAUGAAGGUCGAACAGCAUUGAUGAAAGCAGUUAUGAAUGGAAUGACUGAAGUUGCACUACAUCUAAUAAAGCAUGGUGCUGAAGUCAGCAAGAAGGAUAAAAAAUACAAAACAGCAUUAAUAUAUGCUAUUUCCUCUGGGCAGGAAAACACUGCAUUAGCAAUAUUUGAGUACAGCAAAGAAUUAGAUCUUAAUAUUACAGAUAAUGAAGGUCAAACGGCAUUGAUGAAAGCAGCUCAUCAAGGGAUGACUGAGGUCGCACUCGCUUUAAUUAAACAUGGUGCUGAUGCCAACAAGAAGGAUAACGAAAACAAGACAGCAUUGAUGCAUGCUGUUACCUGCAUGCGAGAGAAAAACACUGCGCUAUCAAUAAUUGAGCACAGCAAGGAAUUGGAUUUAGACAUUAGCGACAAAAACGAAGAAACAGCAUUGAUGAAAGCAGUUUUUCGUGGAAUGACUGAAGUUGCACUAGCUCUGAUCAAACAUGGUGCUGAUGUAAACAGGGCGGAUAGAGAAGGAAAAACAGCAUUGAUGUUCAUCGGCCUAUCAGACCACAUAGUUUCUGGAUUUGAUAGUGGUAAAUUAACACAUGCAUUGAUUAAAUCCGGUGCUGAAGUAGAUCAGACUGAUUUCAAGGAGAACACGGCUUUGAUGUACAAUGUGAGAUAUGAAGCUUCAGUCAAAGCCCUUAUGCAAUAUUCCCAGGGAAAAGCCUUAGUAAAUCAAAGAAACAGUGAUGGUCGAACUGCAUUGUAUUAUGCAAUACUUUGCAACAAAAAGUCUGUUCAAAUUCUUCUUGAAAAUGGUGCGAAGCAUCGUUUGACGGAUCAUUACAAUGCUAGUGCCUUAACUUACUAUAUUCAUUAUCGUAUUGACAAACUUGAAUCUACGACCGAUAUACCCUUAUUUCUAGAUGAUAUGGAUGAUACAUUUUCUCUUUUCGAAGAAGGUGAAGAUGUGAGUAAGUCCAUAAUUAAUGCUGCAUUUUGUAAAUGCCCACAGUUUUUCCUCAAAUUCAGCUCUGCAAAAGAAGCCUGGGAAAUCGUAUCAGGUAUACUACUAGUCGCUGCCGAGAAGCAAGAAAAUGAUAAAAAACAAGUCCUAAACGAACUAGGCAUAAUGGCAAGCCAAGAAAUGGAUAUGACUAAUUUCUUGAAUUUUUUGACAAAAUUGAUUGGCAUUGUUGAUGAUCCGAACAUUGGAGAUCAACAAGGCAACGGUGUAUUGCAUUAUAUAACAUUGUUAGCACUCCGUGGAUAUUUGAGUCCGAAGGAUGUCUCGAUAAUAUGUGGAUUGAUGAAGGAAAUUGGAUUCAUAACCAAAAGAGAGAACUAUAAACAUGAGACACUGCUUAUAUUUGCUUUGUCCAAUGCAAUUAAAUUUGCUAAAGAUAAUACCUUGCACGUACAGCCGUUGAUGGAGAUAUGCACUUUUCUUUUGAAAAGAGGAUAUCUGAUAUCUAAAGAUGAGUCACAAAAUGGCGAGUCAGUUUUCCACCUUAUAAUCCACCUUUUGACAAUCGGUGUAUCGCGCGAGAAAUGUCAAGAAAGUUUGUUGUCCAAUGUAGUUAGGUUGUUGGAGCUGUUUUCACAACACAGAUCGGGAGUGUUAGAAGCAGUAAACAAGCACGACCAUAACUUGAACACUCCGCUUCAUUUGUGGGCAUCAAUAUCUCCACAUUCCAAUGCAGGGGACUCUGAUGAAACUGCUUCUACACCUACUAAACUUUGGCAGGAAUUUUCAAGUAAGGUCUUUCGUCAACUUUGUAGCUGUGGGGCUGUACUUUAUUUGGUAAAUAAAGAUAAAGAAACCCCUUUACAUAUGUGCAGAACCUGGACUAACGUCAAGAUACUGGUAAACGCCGGAGCGAGUACAAAAGCUAUUGAUUCAAAAGGCCGAUCUCCUUUACUUUCUGCUGCUCAGAAUUUCCUUUUUCUGGAAAACCCUGGAUUGUUUUAUCCAGAUAUUUCACAAAGGGAGGUACCAACGUUUUGGAAAACAGCUUGUGGCAUGGGAUUUGAUUUAUGGACUUUUGACAAUGAUGGAAACUCUAUCAUGAGUAAUGUUUUAAGAGGGAAAUCUUUUGAACUAGCAAAUUUAUUAAUUGAAAUUGUUUGUGAAAACAGUGAGACCCUAUCAGAUGAAACUUUGGUGGGCGUGAUGAAUGCUAUCUGUAGAGAUAACUCCAUAGAAACAACGUGGAAAAGAAUUCUGGUUGAAAGAUUUCUCAAUCAUCUAAAAUCCACCAGACGUUCAUUAGAUAUGAGAUUACCCUUUCGAUCCUGCUGCAUGAAUAUCAUUUACCAUGAUGUCUCUAUUACAAAGGGUAGCGAAGAAGUUCAUUAUAAAAUUGCUAAACAACUGCUAAGGUAUGGUGUUCCUGGUGAAUCUUGCCUGGAUAUAGCUGAGGUAUGUCCUACUCUUCAAGAUCUCUUAUCUACUCCUAUAGCAACAGAAGAAAGACCUCUGGUUAUACCCUGGACAUCCCACUCUGAGAAACACAAAGCACAGCUGUCUGAGGUUGCAAGGGGACUUAACUGCAUUGAGCACGGACCAUAUUGGUAUCACGAGAGGUAUAUCGGAAGGGGAGCAUUCGGGAAAGUCUUUGUAGGAAUCCAUAAAAUUGACAGCAUGGAAGUGGCUAUAAAGAGAGUCGAAUAUGAUCUUCAGGACGGACAAGAGGACAUUAGAGAGAUUAGAAACUUUGCUUUCAUUCAUAAUUUCAAUCAUAUUGUUCGUUAUUUGACUUUUAGUCAAAAAGGUGACUUUACAUUUAUAGUUAUGGAACUGAUGGAAGGAAAUCUUGACGAAUACUGUGCGAGUGCGCUUUACGACCGAAGGAAGACCAAAAUGCUCUGCCAACAGGUGGCAUUAGGAUUAGAGCACCUUCAUGAGCAAAAACUGAUUCAUAGAGACCUAAAACCAUCCAACAUUCUUUUCAGAACAAAUCCUGAACUCUGCGUCAAGAUUGCCGACUUUGGUUUAAGUCGACAUUCGGAUGUCAAUGCUUCAUUUACUGUUAUGAUUACAGGGGCUGGAACUCGAGGAUGGAUUGCACCGGAAGUUAGCAAAUCAGCCAAUCACGAGUUUUCUUCUGAUGUUUUUUCACUUGGCCUUAUUUUUCAUUACAUCAUGUCGGAUCGAAGGCAUCCAUUUGACCCUGCAGACUGUACUGAAAAAAGUGAGAAAGAUAUCUUUGAUGGCAGGCAAGCUAACAUUUCGAAUGCUAAUGCGGAGGGAUGGAACUACACCCUCAAUCCUGAAGCGUCAAAUCUUCUUUCAGGAAUGCUUCGAAUUGAAAUGAAAGAAAGACCUACCGCAUCAAUGUUGCUCGAUCAUCCCUUCUUUUGGACAAAGGAGAAGAAGCUUGAUUUCCUCUAUGCUGUUGGCAAUCAAGACGAAUUCGAGUGCCCACGUGCUAAAAGGACUGUUCCAUUGACAAUGGUUGAGCAAGACCUAGAGAAGGAGUUUGCAAUAAUAGUGAAGUUUGGCAAGUGGAAUGAUUCAGGCUACACGCAGACAUCGGUGAUUUUGAAUGAAAUGAAGAAGCCAAUAAAGAGAUCUGGAAGGCUUCAGCCGGUUCGUACAAACUACGAUUUUGGUUCUGCGGUUGAACUUGUUCGGUUCAUUCGGAAUGCCAAGGCUCAUGUUUCUGAACCAAGUCGACCAAGCAUUAUAAGGAAGCAGGUCCUUGAGGCGGUUUUUCUGAAUGAAUUUCCAGACCUCGUUCUACAAGUGCUCAAAGCUGUUAUCAACCAUGGAUGGGACAUUGAUAGAGAAGAAAUCAAGUAUGCUUUGGGAAGUGACAUUACCCGUAUGUGGAUAACCAAAAUACAAGAUGUACCAUUGGUCAUUCCUUGGAUUCCAGUCUCCAAGCGAUAUGAAAACAUGCUCGCUAAAGUUGCAAGACGACAGAACUGCAAAGUCCAGGGUCAAUACUGGUAUCGGAGUGAACCCAUUGGCUUUGGUGCGUAUGGUCUCGUCUUUGUGGGCAUCCAUAAAAAAGACGGAAUGGAAGUGGCUAUAAAAGCGUUCAAUUAUUCCCAUAUAGACAGAGCAGAAGAUUUAAGGGUGAUUAUUAGAAAAUUUACUUCUCUUCGUAGAUGCGAAUACAUAAUUCGCUAUAUGUCCUUUCUUGAAUCGACUGACUUUUUGUUGAUUAUUAUGGAACUAAUGGAAGGAAAUCUUCAUGAACUUUUUACAAGUGUGUUUUACGACCAAACGAAGACUACAAUCCUCUGUCAGCAUGUAGCACUAGGAUUAAACUAUCUUCAUGAGAACCGCAUUAUUCAUCGUAACCUCAGUCCGAACAAAAUUCUUUACAAAACCUACCCCGAACUUUGCCUGAAGAUUGCUGGGUUUGGUUUGAGUCAUCGUCCAGAUAUCAAUGCUUCAUUUACUGUUAUGGACAAGGGACAUGGAACUACUGGUUGGAUUGCACCAGAAGUUAUGAAAUCAGCCAAACACGAAUAUUCUAUGUCAUCGGAUGUCUUUUCACUAGGUCUUAUUUUUCACUAUAUCUUGUCAAAUAAAAAGCACCCAUUCAGCCCAGCAGACUGUACUGGAAAAAGUGACUAUGAAAUCAAUAUUGCAACACAAGGCAACAUUUUAAAGAAUGAUAUGGAAGGAUGGAACAAGUCCCUUGAUCCGGAAUCGUCUCACCGCAUCAAAGGAAUGCUUAAUUGUACUAACGAGAAAGAAAGACCAAUCGCAUCAAAGUUGUUACACCAUCCAAUGUUCUGGUCAAAGAAGAAGAAGCUUGAUUUCCUCAGCGCUGUUGGUAACCAAGAGGAAGUCAAAUGUCCACGUGCUAAAAGGACUGUUCCAUUGACAAUGGUCGAGCAAGAUCUAGAGGACGAGUUUGCAACAAUAGCGAAGUUUGGCAAAUGGGAUGAUCCACGCUACACGCAGACAUCGGUGAUUUUGAAUGAAAGUAAGGUUCGUACAAACUAUGAUUUCAGAUCUUCUGUUGACCUAGUGCGAUUCAUUCGCAAUGCCAUGGCUCACGUUUCCGUAUCAAGUCGAUCAACGGUAAUCAGGACACAAAUCCUCAAAGAUGCUGUAUUUCUGGAUGAAUUUCCAAAUCUCGCGAUAGAGGUGUUCAAAGCUGUGACCGCACACGGAUGGGACGUUUCUAGAGAGGAAAUAAAACAUGUUUUGGAAAAUGACUGACAGGAACACUCUUCACUUACAAUGAGUAAAUUACCGUGUCUGGAAUUCAGCAGCUGAAAAGACUACCAAAGCGAUUCUUGUUCCUCUGGCGAUGGUGGAUUUUGUCCUCGCUUACGGACAGAGUGUAUAGUUAUCGAUUUUAUUAUAGACUGAUUGACUUGAAAUUUAUACAUCUUAACUUAUAGGAAAUAACCUUGUAGCUUUGCAGUUUUACAUGGCAGUUUAUCCUGGUAGUACAGAGAUGAAAAGACAUAAGAAAAGCAACAAAGUGGCGGCUUUUCUUCGUGUACCGGAAUAAAUCGGCAUUCUGGUUAGGUUUAAUUAUAUUUUGGGGUAUCGUUUAGAUUCUGCUCCGUUUUUGUAACCCUUUGUUUCUAUUGAUUUACGUAAUCUGUGCUCCGGUACACGAAGUAAAAGCCCAAAGUCGACAUCUGAUAUUUCAUGUUUUUAAUGUUUUGCAAGAAUAUUCAUUAUUAACCAACAAAAUAUCACUACACAAUGCAGAUAACAUUUGAUAUUCUAGGUAUCUGGAGUAUUAAAUUGAACUAAUUAUUUCACGCGAAUUUCAAAUAUUAACCUUAUAUUAACCUUACAAAUAUCAUUACGGUGCAGACAAUAAUAUUCUAGAUAUCUGGAGUAUUCCGGCGUAUUUCGAAAACAGUAAAAUGUUGUUAUCUUGAAGUCUUUUCAACUGGUCAGCGUAUAUGACAUGGGAUCAGUGACUGCACUUUUAUAGGAAGAGAUAGUAAUACCUUGAUUUACAGUUGGAACUAAAUAUUACUCAAAGUUGUAGAUAAGGCGUACUUUUUACAUGGAUGUCAUUGUAGUCUAUCCAUAUUGGAACUUACAAGGUAACGUGAAAAGUGUAAACAGCUCUUAAUGUUAGCCUCUCCGUAAGCAGACUUUCUUUGCGGGGGAGAGAAUUCACCCUCUAAGAACGUCUGCUUACGUAGGCUAUCUUGAUCUUAGAAUGUUUUUAAAUUCUAUGUUCGACUAUAUAUGGAAACCAGGCUUUAGCCUACGUAUUAAUGACUGUCGUAUACUGCGAAAUAUGAUAA